AUGCGGUCUACAACAACUGCUCAAGCAAUUCAGGCAAAAGUAUCAACAAAGCCCAGUUGGCCUUUGGCCAAAGUGGCGUCUGAAGCUAUACGGUCUUGCGGACAGUUUGCAGAAGAUAAGCCAGCCUUAAUCGGAGUCGAGGAGGAGGAGGAGGAGGAGGAGGAAGUUAAAAAUGGCUUCAACUUUCAACCAAAGCAAAAAUGA